UCUGGUUUUAGCAAGGAUGGCUCUCUGAAAACUGCAGCAGAUAAGGCACCAAUCCACAGGAUUCGUAUGACCCUGAAAAGCAGGGUUGUGAAAAGUCUUGAAAAGGAAACGAACCUAAAAGUGAAAGGGCUGGUGCGCAUACCAACUAAAAUUUUGCGUAUGAUAACAAGCAAGGCUCCCUGUGGUGAAGGUUCCAAGACUUGGGAUAGAUACCGCAUCAAACCAGGUGUGGAAGUUGAGGUGACAAUUGUUGAUGCAACAUAA